UUAGUUUGCUUCUUCCUAGAAAACGUUUAUUUUUAAUUCGCUCCUUAGACUUGAGAAAACGGUAUAAUUUUUUUUAAAUCAAUAAUAGAAGGGCGUUUUGUUUCCAAAUCUUAAUCUUUAUUAUCGAAGAUAGUAGUUAUCAUAUUAUAUUAUUUAUCGCGAUAUUUUCUCUAUUUUGCAUUAUAUUGCUGUGCAGUUUAAGUUAAUAAAAAUUUAAACAGUGGCUCGUGGUUCUCAAACUGUUAUGUUAAUAUCCUCAUAGUUUAAAAGGUGCAGGCAAUAUUAAAAACAUGAAGGUUGAUAAAAAAUUGUUGCCUGUAAAAGGACAUUACUUUCUUUUUAAUGCUGGAACUGCUCCCCUCGUACCAUAUCUAUCAACAUAUGCUCGCCAGUUGGGAUUUUCCUCAGCAACAGUUGGUUUAAUUUAUACAGUCUUACCAAUAUUUGGUUUAGUGGCAAAACCUUUGUUUGGAAUAAUAGCAGACAGAUUUAAAAGACAAAAAUUAAUAUUUCUUAUAUUCCAAAUUGUGACAAUAGUUAGUUUUUCUGCUAUAUAUACGAUACCCGGUGACACAGAGAACAUUCCUUCUGUACAAUUGGAGUGUGGCAAUGGUGCAUCAUUUCUUCGCAGUUGCUAUCAAGAUGCAAAUUCAAUUAAUCAGUGUAGUAAAAACUCUUUAGGAAAUCUUACUGGUAUCUCAAAAUGUAAUAUGAACUGUGAAAUGAACUCUCCCAAAAUGUGGCAAACUGUUUGUGAACAUUGGCAUAUGCCUCAAUAUUGUUACAGUGAAACGGACUUAAUAGAAUACACAGCACACAUUAAUAACGCUGAUAUAAGAGAUGAUCAAUGUUUGUAUUUAAAUGCAGAUGCAGUAAAAUUAGAUGGAUACCCUUAUACACCACAUUGCCACAUUGGUGAUGGCUACCGUGAUCUAAAUCAAUCUUGUGCUAUGAGUUGUACCAACCCAAAGCUGUCAACGGCGAUAGGCAGUACAAAACCAAUAAUGACUUGCUCAAAUAAAUUGCUCAAUUUCCGACUAUGCUCAAACAAUUCAAAUGCUCUCAAAGAAGCCAUUAACACAACUAAUGAUGAAUGCCAGGUUUCUUGUGACUUAGAUAAAACAGCUCCUUGGCGUCUUAUGGAGAUUUGUGAAGCUUGGCAAGCGGAUGAAGCUAAAACUUGCCGUCCAAAGACCAGAGUUGGGACUGAAUUUCCUAAAAAUCUUUCAUUUGUUGGCAGUGCACUGCUUUCUACAGUAAUUACUGAAGGGGAAUGUUCAUUUGUUCAGCUUAAUCAUAUUAAACUGCCUGAUGGUUCCAUUCACUAUCCAAACUGUAUGAAAGAAGCUGCAUUUGAAACUAGAAAAGAUGUAUUCUAUCCAAGCUGUAACAUAAAAUGUGACAAUGCGGCUAUAAAUGAAUGGUUUCAAUCAGCAACAGACAGUCGUAAUAAUUCAACACAAUAUACGAGACAGUUUUGGCUUUUUUUCCUCUUGAUGAUAAUAAGUUGGAUCGGUCAAGCUGUUGUGGUGACUUUUGCAGAUGCUAUCUGUUUUAAUGUUUUAGGACCACGAGUUGCUUUGUAUGGUAAACAAAGACUUUGGGGUUCCGUUGGCUGGGGUAUAUUUUCUUUGUUAACUGGUACAUUAAUUGAUUUGUUCAGUGACGGUGCCUACAAAGAUUACACGAUCGCUUUUAUACUUAUGUUUGUAUUUAUGUGUGGAGAUGUUAUUGUUUCAUGCUUUAUUAGGAGUGAAUCAACAAAAAUUUCAGUUAAUAUUUUAAUAGAUGUUGGUACUUUACUUUCCUCAAUACCGACUCUUGUGUUUAUGCUUUGGACAAUAUCUGUCGGGCUAUGCACAGGUCUUCUCUGGCAAUUCCUCUUCUGGCUUCUAGAAGAUAUUUACGGCUGUGAUAAUUCUGAUUAUGUUAAAACGCUACAAGGCUUGGUUAGUGCUAUUCAGACGUUUGGUGGAGAAAUACCCUUCAUGUUUGCAUCUGGUUAUAUACUUAAAAAGUUAGGUCAUGUGAAUAUGAUGAGUUUAGUGCUGUUUGCCUUUGGUAUACGUUUCAUUUUAUAUUCUCUUCUGACGAACGCAUGGUGGGUGCUGCCGAUAGAGAUGUUUCAAGGUAUUACAUUCGGAAUGUUUUACCCAACGAUGGCUUCUUAUGCCAAUGUUGUGUCUCCACCAGGAACCGAAACAACUGUACAGGGUCUCGUUGGGGCAGUUUUUGAAGGAGUUGGCACAUCUCUUGGCAGUUUUAUUGGUGGCAGAUUGUACGAAACAUAUGGUGGUUCAAAUACUUUCCUAUGGUUUGGUAUUGGGUCACUCAUAUGUUGCGCUAUUCACAUCUUUGUGCAGUACUUAAUAAAGGAUAAAGUUCGUAAUGCUGAACUAUCGAAAGCUUACUCAUCUAUUAUUCGUUAUGAAAAUUUAUACGAUCCAAACUGUAUAUUUCAAGAGAUGACAGAUUUCAACGCGGAACACUAAAUAAGUUUUUUUUUGGUUAUAGAUAUUUUUAGUAAAAUCCUAAGAAUUGUGCUGUAAAUUGUUUAAGGUAGUUUUUAACUUGAUAUCAAUUGUUGGGGGAAAUGUUUAUUAGCUUUUUUGUAGUUACAAACAUUAAAACUAAAUUAUGACGACUUAAAGACAGCAUUAAAUAAAAAAUAUAAGCUCUUAAUAAAGCAAUAGGAGAGAUUUUUAAGAAAAAAUUUGGUUUAAUCAUUAUUGUAUAUUUUUGU